UUGCAGUCCUGACAGCUCCUUGUCCACAUUAUCCAUCUCCCUUCACUCUUCAUUCCCCACGAAGCUCAACUCUGAGCUCACUCUCCUGAAGCUCUGAGCACGGAAUCAUUGAUGAAUAUACCGUAGAUGGUUUCUGCUGCCGACCAGAGAGAGAGAGAGAGAGAGAGAGAGUUGAGAGGAUGAGGAUUACUUCCCACUGUUCCCCGUCCUUCAGGUGUGUUCUUCUACUACCUCUGCUUUCCAUCUUAGUUCCUGCUGCUGCUAUGGCGUUAAUUUCGACUUCGGUGAAAUCAGAACUACCAUCUGAUGCUCAAGCCCUCCUGGCCUUCAAAUCCGAGGCUGAUUUGGAAAACAAGCUCCCUUUCUUCUUCUCUAAACGCAUCAUCAAUCACUGCCAAUGGCCUGGCGUUAAAUGUAUCCAAGGUAGAGUGGUCCGUCUCCACCUCCAAGGCUUCGGUCUUUCUGGUUCCUUGGCCCCCAACACCUUGACUCGUCUCGAUCAGCUUAGAGUGCUCAGCCUUGAGAAUAAUUCCCUCUCCGGUCCCGUCCCUGAUCUCUCCAACCUCGCCAGUCUCAGGACCCUCUUUCUUGAUCACAACUCCUUCUCCGGCUCCUUCCCUCCUUCCAUUCUCUCUCUCCACCGUCUCCGAACCAUCGAUCUCUCCUCAAAUAACUUCGUGGGUGCUCUUCCCUUCGGCUUGACAGCUCUCGACAGGCUCUACUAUCUCCGGCUAGACAGCAAUAGGUUCAACGGAUCCAUCCCUCCACUCAAUCAAUCUUCCCUCCAAAUCUUCAAUGUCUCUUCUAACAACCUCACCGGUGCUAUCCCCGUCACCGUCACGCUCUUGCGCUUCUACAGCGCCUUUUUUUCGGGUAACCCAGGGCUCUGCGGCGAGAUUGUGCGCAAGGAAUGCCAUCCUCUUCUGCCCUUUUUCAGGCCAACAGAACGGGCGCCGGCACCCACGGCUCUUGGGGAGAACGAACAGCUACAAGGGCUCGUUCUGCCACCGCCGUCCCGAGAGGAGCACAAGCGAUCGACUAUGGUAGUUGGGUUCUCCAUUGGGGUCUUAUUUCUGGUUGGGUCUCUGAUUUGUUUCGUGGUGGCGGUAAGGAAGCGGACGAAGCAGAAGGUGGCGACACCGAGGAUGGCAUUGGACGACGCUGCUACAGCCGACGCAGCUGCGGUAAUCCGGUUAGAAAAAGAGAACGAGCUGGAGGCGAAGGUGAAGAAAAUGCAGGGGAUGCAAAUAGCGAAGAGCGGGAGCUUAGUGUUCUGUCCAGGGGAGCCACAUGCAUACUCUCUGGAGCAGCUGAUGAGGGCUUCGGCCGAAAUGCUUGGGAGAGGAACCAUCGGAACAACUUACAAGGCCGUGCUCGAUAACCAUCUGAUUGUGAGUGUUAAGCGAUUGGACGCUGCGAAGACUGCGAUUACAAGCAGGGAGAUGUUCGAGCGGCACAUGGAAUCGGUCGGCGGUCUCCGCCACCCCAACUUGGUCUCUCUCCGAGCGUAUUUCCAAGCCAAGGAAGAGAGACUUCUCAUCUAUGAUUUCCACCCCAAUGGCAGCGUCUUCUCCCUCAUCCACGGUUCGAGAUCAACGAGAGCGAAGCCGCUGCAUUGGACAUCGUGCUUGAAGAUAGCAGAGGACGUCGCACAGGGGCUGGCAUACAUACACCAAGCGUCUAGGCUGGUCCACGGCAACCUCAAAUCCUCCAACAUCCUCCUCGGCUCGGACUUUGAGGCUUGCCUCACCGAUUAUUGCCUCGCCGUACUUGCAGAUACUCCGGUCAGUGACGACGACGUCGUCAACUCCACCGGAUACCAAGCCCCAGAGACCCGUAAGUCCACCCGCCGGGCCACCCCGAAAUCGGAUGUCUAUGCCUUUGGUGUUCUCUUGGUGGAGCUUCUCACAGGGAAACCUCCGUCGCAACAUCCCUUUUUGAUGCCGACGGAGCUUCAUAUGUGGGUGAGGACGAUGAGAGACGAAGACGGUGGGGAAGAGAACCGCCUGGGUAUGCUGACUGAGGUCGCUGCGACAUGUAGGCAGACGUCGCCGGAGCAGAGACCUACGAUGUGGCAGGUGUUGAAGAUGAUUCAGGAAAUCAAGGAGACCGUGAUGAUGGAGGAAAACAAUCAACUGGGUUUUUCUUGAUUAAUUUGAUAUUUUGCUUCUUACAAUUUACAACUACUCAAUACACAUUUUCCAAUUUCAUUAA